AUGAAUCAAAUCGGCCGAGAAAAGACUCACGAUAACUUAGGAAUUACUAAGCACGAGAAUUUCACAAAAGACUCUUUUGCAUUCGGUAAGCGGAUCAUGUAUGAAAAAUUCGGUACGGAAAAAAUCCGACUGACGACAUCGAAGGGAAAAACACUUCUACUGUUUAUUCCCGACUGUUUGUCGUAUGAGGUGAAGAAAAGUAAGAAGUAUGGAAAGAUAGACUUCACUCUCCAAAUUUUACUUGAUAACGAACAUGAAAUGUUCGUAUCCAUCUUCGACACGAUCGGGGAGGAAUGUUAUACGCGCAUUACGAAUUCGUAGGAAAGACAAAAUACAAUGAAAUGCAUGUCUUUUCAAAGAAGGUAAAUUUCCAAUUCUCUAUGUGAAAUUGGAUGAUGAAACGGUCUUUUUCGAAGAAAACGGCGAGUUGAUCGGUCACCGCGAAUAUCGUGAUCGAUGGUUUCGAUCGGAUGUAAUUGUUCGAAUAGAAAGCCUUUACGUGAACGGUGAUAACGUCUCCGUUCAAAUAAAAUUACACGAAGUCCGAGUUAAACCAGAUCGUUCAUCCGGCGACAGCGUUUCCGAUUUCGGUAGUGUAUCCAGCGAAUAA